UGCAUAUUCAAUGCAAACAAAUAGGGAUUUAAAUGUUUGACAACUUUUGAGACAAUGAUUAAUAUGAAGACUAACUCUAAUAUUAAUACCAAUUCAUCGAUCAGUGAUUUAAAUGAAAGUCUUGAAAACAUUCAAAGGAUUGCAUCAAACAAUUGGUUUCAUGUAAGACAUGGACACCAACGCGAAAGUCUCAUCAAAUGCAUCUUCUUCUGCCAAUUUCAUCACACAUUUGGUCCCAAAAUUAUAUAUCAAAUACCUGAAGACUAUGUCUCUAAAGAAAGUUUUGAUUCUUUAAAUGUUUAUUUGAUUCCGAAGAAUGAAUUACAAGGAAAACUAAUAACAGUCAAUGCUUUGGGACUAAAGAUAAUUGGAUUUCCCAUUGGAAUCAAUGACUCGAAAUACCCGAGAAAUCGACUCAUAUUUAAUGUAUGCUUUGUUUGCAACGCUUCCCUCCGAACCACACAAUAUGAACCAAUUGUCCGAAAGUUAGCCAACUAUUUGAUUCACUUGGAGUUGGAGUCGUCUUUUCUUUCGGAUGAAAGCGAAAAAUCAAAACUACCGGUUAUAUUGUCUCAAAUCAAGGAUCAGCUAAACUCAAACCGAGUUUGUUCGCUGUCAGUCUCAAAGUCGACAACAAUUAACCUGAAGGUGGCUCGUGUCCAACCCGACCCUCUUGAGGUACAGGAUUAUCACGUACCUGUCCUUCUCUUUCCUAUUAUACCAAAUCAAUGGGAUCUCACAACACAACAGUUGGAUUAUAUAAUUAUAAAGAUCCUUCCCUAUAUCGAUGGUUUCCGACACAUAUCCCGAAUAGCAAUGGAAGCGGACGUUGAAAUGAGUUUAGUUAAGGCUUGCGUUCAAAACAUGAUAUAUUACGGACUCAUUACUCUAAUACCAAUCUUUCAAUAUUCUAAUGUUUAUAUAACGACACCUCUUUUGGUCAGUUUAGCCGAAGACGUUCAUCUUCAAGACGAGUGCAUUAGAUAUGUUAGUAAAGCCGAAUCACAACCUUUACCCACAUUUCGGUUAAUAUUUCAACUUUACUGUCAUAUGAGUCCUGGAAUGACUGUCAAAGAUCUCUGCAUUCGGUUUAAUCCAUCAAUGAAUGGAAUCGACGAGAAAAUGCUCAUUAAAUUUGGUUUAAUGAAAGGUUUUAUACGAAGAAUCCAAAAGUAUCCAAUAUUUUUGGCUCCAAAACCACAUUCAGUUGAAAACCAAAGAGGUCUCUAUCGGUUCUUUGAUGGAAACCAUUCUUACGAUGAAAUCUGUUGUAAAGAACUUAAAAGUUAUAACGAUCUCGAAGAAAGAGUUGAAAAACAUCCGGCAAUUGUUGUUUGUUGGAAAUGAUUGUGUCAUUCAUUAAUU